UCUCUGAAAGGAAACAUGCAGAAAAAAAUGUUUUCUUUGAUAUAUCUACUAAAUUGUUAAGUCUGCUUGAUGUAUUUGACCUGCUUAGGUACUCACCACAAACAUGUUAACUUGGUACUCCAACCACAAAAAAAGCCCAUCCCAACGAAUAAAAUAAAGCUAAUGUCUGUUACAUGAGGCGCACAGAACUAUUGCUGUGGACUGACUAAAGAAGCCCCAAUGCAUAGCCAGAUGUAGUUACACUUCUGCCAGCAGAGGGGGUUAAACUCCACAUAUGCAGUGUUUCAUAGUGUAAUGCUGCAUGUACAGACUCCAGGUACCAAUACCUCUUCAAAUCACUAAAGUAGUCAUGGUGCUUGAAGUGAUCCUUCAAAGUGCAACAUAUAGUUUCAGGUUAGCUUUUGGUUGUGCUAUUUAUUUUCUUGAAGAAUAAAGAUUUUCUGUGGCUGGCCAAUCAGACUACCCAUUGCAGCUCAAUGAAAAGUCUUUGCAAGGCAGGUACUCCGAGCAAUUGCUUCCUCUUGAGUUCAGUGGCACUGAGGGAAACAACAAGGAAAUAACAUAACUGGUAGUCUAACCAGGUUAAUUUGAAACCUGCACUUUUUGUAACAUAAUUAAGAGAACACCCUUCACAUAUAAAGCACUUAAGCAAGCUAAAGUGCUUUAGGUGUUUGGAGUAGCUUUUUAAAUUUUGUUGAUGGCAAAAUGAUGGUAUUUCUCUUCAUUUAGAUGUGUAAUGGGUUCAUAUUGAUUGUCUGUGUGGUAAACCAUGUAUAACACGAGAAACUGCUCUUGCAUGGCAUUUUUUGUUUUCUUCAAUUGUAUUUUCUGUUUAGAUCCACAGGAUGAAAAUAAAAUAGGCAUAGAUGGAAUUCAGUUGUUCUGUGAUGAUUUACACCUGGAUCCAGCUAGCACCAGUGUAUUAGUGAUUGCUUGGAAAUUCAGGGCAGCUACACAAUGUGAAUUCACUAAAAAGGAGUUCAUAGAUGGAAUGACAGAACUUGGGUGAGUAGAACACUGAUAACUAAACUUGUUAUACUCUGAUCAAAUUAUAUUUUUUGACUUAAAGGAACAGUCCAAAAAUCCUAACCACUACAGUCUGCUGUAAUAGCGAUAGUGUCAGCAGUGCCGUUCCAUUUAAAAGCCUUUCAGAAUUUUUAUUGUUCCCUGCAUAAAAUGCUUUUACCAUUUGGGAAGCACUAUUACCAGUUUUCCUUCGUCACCUACUUUUUCCCAUUUCCCAACAAUUUACAAUUCUUUACCUACUAUUUUAUCAAUAAUAUUGCAUUUUAUUAUUACUAUUUCUUUUUAAUUGUAAACCUAUACUUCAGCGUUUGGUUAAAACUAACAAUACCGUGUGUGUGUGUGUGUGUGUGUGUGUGUGUAUAUAUAUAUAUAUAUAUAUAUCACACACACACACACGUACAAAAGCAACAGUGAAAUCCUCCCAAACAAUGUAUUUAAAGGGACACUAUAGGCACCAAAUCAAAUUUCGCUUAAUGAAGCAAUUAUGGUGUAUAGGUCAAGCGCCUGCAGUCUCAUUUCUCAACUAUCUGCCAUUUGGGAGUUAAAUCACUGUUGUUAUUGCAUAUGCAGUAUUAACCACACCUUUAACUUAUUUUAUAAGUUUGUAUCUCCUGCUCUGCAAAUUGAACUUAAAGCACACACAAGAGGCUCUGGCAGGGCAUAGCAAGCUAUUUACAGUGCAGGAGAAAAGAAAUUCUAAAUAAAACAAUGUGCAAUAAAGGAAGUGUAAACAUUUAAUUACUCUUUACAGGAAGCGUUUAGGAAGGCUGUGCAAGUCACAUGCAGGGCGAGGUGACUAGGGCUGCAUAAGCAAAGUGAUUUAACUCCUAAAUGACUGAGAAUUGAGCAGGAACAUGAUCUACACACCAAAAAUGCUUUAUAAAGCUAAUGUUGUUUUGUGCCUAUAGUGUCUCUUUUAACUUGAUAGGUUAAAUUAAAAACAUUAUUGGUUAAUGUGAAACACAUUUAAAAAAAAAAAAAAAACAUAUGUAAGGUCCCUGCUCGUGCUUAGUAGUUGUCUCCCAAAACCAAAACCUGUACCAUUGCUGCUAGAGUCUAAGGGUGAGGGGGGUGAGCUUUACUUACCUUAAUCUGUUGGUCCUGAGUGAGUUAUUGGUUGCUUAGCUCAACUCAAGAGGCAGCAAUUGCCCCAAGCACCUGCCUUGCUAAAACUUCUCAUUGAGCUGCAUUGGGUAGUUUGUGAUUGGACAUACCAGAGUCCAGCCCCAUGAAAAUAAAUGCAUUAUUAAGUGCAUGAAUGUUAUAAUUGGUGUGUGUAUACUAAAUAGUGAUUUAUUUUUAUAUAUUUUUGUUUAUUAUUUAGUCAGUGUAGUGUUCCAUUUAAGUUUCAUUAAAGGGAUUCUAUAGUGCCAGGAAAACAAACCCGUUUUCCUAGCACUAUAGGCUCAUGCAUUGCCCCCCUCCCGGCCAACUGUAAGGGCUAUAACUCCUUCAGUCACUUACCUGAAUCCGGCGGCGAUGUCCCUUGGCGGUGGGUCAGACUUGACCACGCUUCUCCCCUGCCGAUGUCAGCUGGCGGGGGAGAUCUAAUGCACAUGCGCGGCAAUGGCCGCGCUCGCAUUAGGAUUUUCCCAUAGGAAAGAAUUAUUCAAUGCUUUCCUAUGGGGGGAAAAUCUGACGCUGGAUGACUUCAUGCAGAGCGUGAGGACGUUCAGCGUCAGAUAAUGGACCAAAGGUCCGUUUGGAUUCCGGAAGUACCUCUAGUGGCUGUCUGGUAGACAGCCACUAGAGGAGAAGUUAACCGUCAGAGGUAAUUAUUGCAGUUUCUCAGGAACUGCAAUAUAAGGGACAUGGGACAUUGCAACCAGACCACUUCAAUGAGAUACAGUGUCCCUUUUAAAUGUAAUAAACUUAAAGGGCAACUGUCAAUUAUUUAUUUUUAACAUUUUUAGCUUUACCUAUACAGAGCAUUUUCCUUUCAAAGGAAGUAGAUCAAGGUUAUAAAAAUAGUUUAAGGCCAUUUAUAAAAAGUUAAAAGGUAACUCUAAGCACCAUAAUCAACUUGCAUUACUGCUUCAUGCUUAUAGCACCAAUCCCACUCUAGUCUUGAGAGUGUCUAUAUCAGCAGCACAUGAAAAGCCCAUGGCUUUGCCAAUACUAAAACAUACUUAGUUACACUAGACCGUCAACUAGGCUGCAUAUAGGCUGAUCACGGUGACCGUAUAUCUGCUAUCUGUUUAAGAGCAAUUCCAAUCAUCCUAUGCAACGGCACUCCUGACACCAUAAAUCAUAACCGUUCCUAAACUUCUGUACACCAGUGGUUUGUAGGAUAAAAAAAAUAUCCCUAAAACAGUUCCAAUUGAUCACAUAGGGUAAGUUUAACCACUCUGUAAUGUGUAAACUAAUUGCAGCCAUAAUUCUUUCAAUUCACACAUAUUCCAGUUCACCAUUGAGUGAACAAGGCUAAGUUCAGUUCCUGGCAGAGCCACUGUCUGUGCAUGCACAGUCCACAGCUCAGCUGUAUCCUUGAAGGACAGAAAGAUUGCCCCAGGUUGGAUGUGCUUGAAUAAAAUUUAACACAGGUAACCAUAACUCUCGUUUGGAGUUGAAUGGCAGCUCUGAGUUUCUGCAGCAGUUCUAAGCCACUUUCAGAGCUGAGUGUCUGCAGGGUGCCUUAGUCAGCAUCAACUUUACAAUUAUGAAAUUGUUUCUACAUAUGACGAAGAAGGGACUUUGCAGUGCAGUACUGUACUAAGUCUGUAAUCCAGUUGCUAAUUUGAAAUUAUAUCGGAUCAAUCUUCAUUACUCCCUCUUUAGUUAAAUAGGCGUUUUGGUUUUCUCAUAAAGAGAUAUACAAAGGGAAAAAUGUCUACAUCAGGACUGUGUAAUGGUGUGUUUUCAGAGACUUAAGGGGUAUGUGAAACACUGAAAAAGGAACAUAUAAAAAAAUGCACUUGUCUCAGAAUAUAAAGUACUUUUUUGCAUAAUAUGUUUCACUGGUAUUUAAUGUACAUGUCAGUAGAUACAUAGACUGAUAAAUUUGAAUGUACCAUUGUCUUUUGGCAGGUGUGACAGCACAGAAAAAUUAAGAGCUCAGCUACCACGAUUAGAACAAGAACUCAAGGACACUCUGAAGUUCAAAGACUUUUAUCAGUUUACAUUUAAUUUUGCAAAAAAUCCUGGUCAAAAAGGCCUUGGUAUGUACAUUGGCUAAGAUUCACCUGCAUGAUGAUAUUUAUUAUAUAUUCUGUCAAUUUGUCAAUCCUCAAAGGCACUGAUGGGCAAACUUGCAAGCCACAGAGGUGAGCUAAGGGGGUGCAGGCAUUGCAAACAGGCACCCCAUAUUUGGAGGCAGAUUUACUGCAAGUAGCAGAUCUUAAAUAAUAAUCAGAACAUGGAAAACAAAAAAUCCCAGUAACCUCUCCCACCAAGUAGAGGAAGUAACAGGAAGGGAGCACAGUAGAGAAUGGUAGUAGCAAACAACACUAACUUUUAUACUUUUAUUAGAAACUAAAAAAAGUAGCUCAACAUUAAGUGAUAAUAAAAUUGUAUCUAAGACUGGGGAAACCAAGGAGAUAAAUGGUAAGGAUCAAUACCACCCUAUAAUACCUGCUCCUAACUACAUAAUGUCCCCAAAAGGGCCCUAGGGUACAUUAACCCACAGUGUGUAUAGUCCAGGCUUCCUCAAACUCCAGCCCUCCAGAUGUUUCUGAACUGCAACUCCCAUGAUUCUAUGAAUGAAAUAGGCUGAGAAUCAUGAGAGUUGUAGUUCAGCAACAUCUGGAGGGCCGGAGUUUGGGGAAGCCUAGUAUAGUCGCUUCGCUAGAGUCUUUCAAUAUAGAAGGACCCAAAAAACUAAAUCGGGUAACGGGGCUCCAACAAAACUAUUUGGUAAAGUGGCAAAUAGCUAUUUUAUAUUUUAAAGGAUCCAAAGAAUGCUAGAACAAGUAGAGCAAGAAAGUCAACACAACAUCAUAUGAAAAUCUCCCUAAUCCGGAGAAACCGGGAGUCUGGGAAAGAAAGAGAGGAUCCCUAAAAUCACAGCCAAAAAUGGCUAAAUAGUGGUGUCUAGGGGCAAGUGGAGCAUGUAAGGGGAGUUGAAAGGAAUGCUACUCAUAGCUUAAUAAAGGAAUGAAAAGUAAAAAUCCCCAAUAGAAAAAGACCAAUAGAGAAAACAAUUACUAUACUGUCACUAUUUACCUCAUCACCACAUAAAGCUAGUCCGUACCUGCACCAAAUUUCCCUCAGAAUACAAAAAGUAAAUGAACUCAAAGGGGAGUAUACAAAGUUCAACCCAUGAUGUGUAAAAGUGAAAAAUGACAAAGGAAAGCUCAACGCACUUUUCAGUGUGCUCACACCCCAUUGCCAGGGGAUAAGUAUAUUCAGAACACACAGAAAUGCUUUGUCUUAUGAGUACCGCUUCUAAAUAUCCUCAGAUGUUUUUUCUACUAUUAACUGUGCUUCAACAUAGUGAUCCUCAAUCUGAUAUGAAAUAAAAGAACACAAAUACAAUAAAUAAACUAUUGGAAUUCUCCACUAUUUCUGCUCUUUUCUUGCACACCAUAUUGAAGGACAAUUAAUAGAAGAAAAUUAUUAGCAUAUUUGGAAGUUUUACACAUCAGACAAAUCUGUUUGUUCUAUGUAUAUAGGUAUUUUCCACAAUACGUGUCUGCUGCUUUCUUCUACUUCAUUAAAGAAGUUUAUUGUUAUGCACAGACGUAUGUCAACCAAACCAAAAAAAUUAAAACAAAUGGGUGCAAAUUAUGGUAAGGGCUGCUCCCUCACUGGCCAUGGUAAAUACGAAAGAAUAGAGCUCAAUGCACACCAGUAGUAUUCAAUUCCAUUUAACAAUUAAGUAGUCACAAGAAAGUUUAUCAUCUAGUGAAUUAUAACAAUACGUUAUACACUUCAGUACUGCAAAGUAUAUUCAAAAUCCCAAAUAGAGGGGGCAACGGAGCACAUCCUAGAAACAAGUUCAUGCAAAAUAGAGAAGAUGUCAAAGUCUAGUAAAGUAUUUUACCUUCAAAGUUCACAAAUGUGGAAGUUUUAGCCCGGAGACCAGUGAUAGUCUAAUUCUCUUAGCUUAUCCUUGAACUCCCAGUGGCAGAAAUAAAAACAUCAGAAUAAGGUAUUUUUUUUAAAAUGUGCUAUUUAUUCUUUUUGAGAUGUGCCUUUAAUACAUAUUUCUAAUUACACUUUUUAUUUUUUAAAUUAUUUAUUUUUUGGCCAUGCUGUGAGAAAAAGAUAGGGUUAUCAUAUACAUUAGUGUUUUACAGUAGUCAUUGAACUCUUGUGUUACCACUUAGCACAUAUAUAUAUACACACAGAUGCACUCUCAGGACUUUUAAGUGGAUAAAAAAAUAAUUUAUUCCAAUAUGUAUCACACCAAAAAAAUGUCCUGAGAGUGCAUCUCUUCAUUUAUUUGUAUAUAUCCACAACGUGGGAUUGCACCCAGGCAUAAACCAAUUGCUUUUGGAGAAAGGGUGAGUGCCAAGUUAGCUAUUUUGUGUGUGUGUGUGUGUGUGUGUGUGUAUAUGUGUGUGUGUAUAUAUAUAUAUAUAUAUAUAUUAUAUAUAAAAACUUAACAUGCGUGUGUUUCUAGGCAGUAUUGGGAGACAGUAGUGAGUUUAGGUACUUCUGGUGGAUCGUGAGUACGGUUAUCAAGCGUGCGAAGUGGUAAUAGUGGAUCCAGAGUGGGUGCUUUAUGUCAGUUAUAUAGGUUUAUACUUUUUGUCUUAUGGAGAGUGAUUUAGAGAAGUGCCACUCGUGGAUAUGUGGGUUGUAGUUUUGAUUAGAAAUGUGUGAGAGUAGACUGUGUGAAGACGCUUCAUCCUAAAGGAGGUGUAGUAUAUCCGUGUGCUGUGAAGGUACGCUGCAGGGGUAGUAACCCUAACCGGUGGUUGUCGGGGGGGGGAGGUGUUACGCACUGUCACCGUUCUCCUCACGUUGUUACACUAGUGGGCCUGGUCAGUAGAGCGCAGAAACGAUACUGUCAACAUGGGAACCGGCAGCAAUGAAAUGGAAAAAAAAAAUUAAGAACUUAUAACUCUGUAUAGCCUUUGAUCAAGUUGGGAUAGGAGACUUCUCCCCCCCCAUAGCUGUCAAGUGGCCAGAGGGUCCUCUCGUCUGGCUCUUGGUGUAAACGGCUCAAUUGUCGCUGGAUCCCAGAUCUGAGUGGUGUUCUGGCCAGUCGUGUCUGUUGUCGUAUUUGAGAGACCUAGAGUUGAUAGUAGCGUGGGGGCUUCAGUUCCGGAGGUGAUUUUGUGUGUGUGGUCCCCUUAUGAGUGGCUAGGUGGCAUAGUGGGGUACCCCAUCGUUAUGUCAUAGAAUAAAAUCAAUUUAUAACUUUUGUGACAUGCGUUUUUCUGGAUUUUUAUAUUUGAUGUGCUGUCUCUCACUGUUAAAAUACACCUACAAUUAAAAUUAUAGAUUAGUAAUUUCUUUGUCAGUGGGCAAACAUUCAAAAUCAGCAGGGGCUCAAAUACUUUUUUCCCUCACUGUAGCUGUCUAAAGGAACACUCUAAGCAACACCUCUACAGCCGUCUUGGUCGUUAUGGUGCCAAGAAAGACUUUCUGAGUCCCCCAAGCACCUGAACCUCAUCCAAUCAUCUUCUGCAGGAGAAGCCAGAAGUCUGUAUAGAAUAAUGCACAGCUGAUCCAGGACCACAGGCUGUAGUGCUUGGAUUGUUCCUUUAAUAUUACAGAUUUCAAAAAUAUUGUAUAUAUUUCAAAACAAACAAUAUUGUAUAUACCUGUAGCCUUAGAAGUCAUUGAAUGUGUUAUGGGAAGAUGUUUCAAUGAGUACUUGUGUUCUUUUUUUUUGUCUAUAUGUGGAACAUGUCUGAGGUCACCAACUAGGGUAGUUGGGCAAUUCACACAUAGUUAAAUAGCACAAAGAAAGUACCUUCUGAAAACAUUAAUUUAGAAUUGCAUUUUGUAGUAGUUUUGCGACCAAGUAUUAAAAGGUUGUACGUUGUGAGCUUCACAAAGCUAGAAUUUGUGUCAAGGCUGUAAUUCUGGAACCACUUCUAACAAAAUAGGGAAUAAACAGAAAAAGAAACAAAUGCCAUUCUACCUGUGUAUGAUUUACUGAGAAGACUGUAGAUUAAAAAGUAACUUUUAAUAAAUAAAUCUAAAAUAAGAAUAUAAAAAAGAGAAAAAUAAUAUGAACAGCAGGAGUAAAUGGAGACUAUACAGCGAGUAAAACUCUGUGACUACUUAUAUAAGCUGUAAAAGUGUAUACAUAAUAACACUAAUGCUGAAGCAAUACUGUUUAGCUACAAUAUAACAUCAGUGUAUUCCCAAGUAAUAGAAGUGAUACUGUAUUAUAUAUCACUAAUAGCUGUAGCAAAUUAGUAAACAGUUUAGCAGAUAAACGUUGCUAUGUUCGUUCAACUAACUAUGUCACUAUUGUUAAUCACAUAUAAGUUAAAAUAAUGACAUUAUUGUCAUUUUGAGAAUUACUGUUACUUACACUGUUACUUACACUUUUCCACCUUUUCUUUUUUUUUUAUAAUCAAUCUUUUUAACAUUCAGUAAAAAAUAAAAUAUAAAAAAACCAUAAGAUUCAGGUCAACAUAGGGUUAAUUAGUCAAUUAUUUCUUAAUGGUUGAGAUUCCCUCCCCAAGCUACCAUUGGUCAGAAUCCUGAAAAUCCUCCAAUCAAUUGAGAGCUUAUGAUUUAAAUACUCCUAUGUUUGCCAGCAUCUGGUUCCCCUCUGAUGAGCUUCACUGGCGAAACGUGCACGUCAGGGGCUCUGGACACUUACUGACACAUUAUUGGUGUCGGCAUCUAACUCUCUCUGCUUAUCUAUUGCUAAAUUACCGACAUCAAGUUCAUUUAUGUCCAGCAUUUCAGGAGUGCAUAUUGGAGACUCUUAACACUAAUUUUGUGUACUCUGUACAUACUUUAUUUCUCUUUCUUUUUCCUUUAUUAUGUGUAUGGGGGGAGAUUGAUAAGACCAGGCAUUUUAUUAAGGGAUGCCCUCGAAGGCACAAGACUUAGGAAUCUUUAUUCUAUAUGCCUUCCUCUGUCACUGUCUGUAUAUUUUCUACUACCUAGGCAACCUGUUCAAAACUGUUUGUAAACCCUCUCUUUAUACUUUGACCUAUUUAGAUGCAGCUAGCAUUUAGGCAACUUGUGUGAUUUUUAACCAGUUAACUGCUGCCUGUCAGAAGUCCUUCACAGGUGAGCUACUACUUUGUGCUCCACUGUGGUCAAGCAUAAGUUAACAUCAUUCAGUGCAGGCAGCUGUUGUAACACUAGAAUAUACUGCUAGGUAUCUUGCAGAAAAAAACAGAGCCAGGUCAGCAACCCCUUAUUUUACACUUUACUGCUUGACAGCAAGCUUUAAUUUAUUAUCAAAAUGCUGCUAUGAUCUAGGCAGCUUUUGUGAUAUUUAACUGGCUAAUCGCCGUCUGUCAGAAAUCUGUCUUAGCUGAACUAUUGACAGCACUGGUUUAGCAGUUGUCUUAUCUCCCCCCCCCUUUUUGCUACAGCUAUUAGUGAUAUAUAAUACAGUAUCACUUCUAUUACUUGGGAAUACACUGAUGUUAUAUUGUAGCUAAACAGUAUUGCUUCAGCAUUAGUGUUAUUAUGUAUACACUUUUACAGCUUAUAUAAGUAGUCACAGAGUUUUACUCGCUGUAUAGUCUCCAUUUACUCCUGCUGUUCAUAUUAUUUUUCUCUUUUUUAUAUUCUUAUUUUAGAUUUAUUUAUUAAAAGUUACUUUUUAAUCUACAGUCUUCUCAGUAAAUCAUACACAGGUAGAAUGGCAUUUUUUUUUUUUUUUCUGUUUAUUCCCUAUGAUAUUCACCAUUUAGGGGUUACCCCCCUUUUUUGUGCCCUCUACCUUGUGAUAUCUAAAUUUUGGCCCUAGGUUAAUUAUUUUUGUUUUCCUCGUAUAACACUUCUAACAAAAGCACAAACUUACUUAAACUCAUUUUAGAAGCACAAUACCUAGACCUCUUUGCAAUGGAACAAAAUAAUAUUUAGGGAUAGUCAAAAAUGGGUCGCAAGAGAAUACUGAGAACGGCAGCAGCUGCUGAAAUAGCCUGCCCUUCAGUCGGUCCCCGCUCAGUUCUCAAGCUGAUUUUUGCUCAUCUUGUGCCAUUACAGAAAACAUAUCUGAAGCAUAUCAGACUGGACCCACCCAUACGGGCAGUCCAGAUCCGAAAUGCCAGCAAGUUCUCUUUGCACGAGAGAUACAGCAACCCCAGACGAUCGUUUCAGCCUUGUUAGGCCUCAUCAGUGAGGCAUAGCUGAUAUGUCCCUAGGCACCGUGAGCAAGGGGUCCACGUCUGGAUUAUCCCUUUAAACUAAUAUUUAGUCUGAGUUAUCUUUCACCCCAUUUUUUUUUUUUUACAUUUUGUCGGAUUUUGGUGAUAUGAUGCUUUUAACUCACAAUGUGUGUUGUCAGUACUUAUUAUGUACAUGAUUAGGCAUCUGUAAUUAUAAUGGCAGUACAUUCUGGGGAACGUCAGGCCUAAUGAUUGUUAUGUAUGAUUGUGUAGUGGCAAAAUCAUUAUAAAAACAUACAAAGAUGAAUUGCAGCUUUUGUGAUACCAGAACAUAACUCUUUCUAUUAGGUCAUUGGUAUUAAUAUUUACUUAUAGGUGCUUCUGCAAUUUCAUCUACCUUCAUAUUUGUUUUACAAUGUUAGAUUUAAAAUGGUUGCCUCUGAGUUAGACCACAUAGUUUUUUUUUUUGUUUUGUUUUUUUUCAAUUGAAAUCCUACUGAACAGUCAAUAUGACCUAUAUUAACUUAAGCCCAUUUUCCACAACAAUUUCAUCUUCUUAUUGCAGAGGAAUUUGAGUCUUAUGCAGAUGACUUGAACUAAAUUGCAUACUUAUACAUUAUUUUAUCUUAAAGUUCUUUUUAUUUUUGUAUUUUCAUCGCAGUUGUCUGGUUUGUUUGUUUUUUUGUCUUUGUGUUAGUAAUGUUUCUUUUUUUAUUUAUUUUGUUACAGAUUUGGAUAUGGCAAUUGCAUACUGGAAUUUAGUAUUGUCAGGAAAGUUUAAAUUUUUAGAUCUUUGGAAUAAGUUUUUGCUGGUAAGUACUUCAUUUCGUUUUUUUCUUUUAUGUUUUAUAGAUUAGGUUAAACUUGUUACAAUGUUUAUGUUGAAGUGCAAGGUGUUCUUAUUCAACUACCCUUGCCUUUCCAGUUUUAUACUUCACCCUGCCAAACAUCUCUCCAAUUCCCAUUCCAUUUAAUCUUGGUGUUAACUCCAUCUUCAUCUCAUCUUGUUCUCUAGUGGUGCUAUUUCCAUUUUUCUCUUUCACAUUUGCCCUGGGUUAUCCUUAUAUGGGUGGAUGUGAAAGUAUCCGCUCUGCAAACUUGGGGGUGGGGGGUUUGUUGUGUUUGUUUUGUUUUUUUGGUUUUGGUUUUGGUUUUUUAUCAUCCUUGGGGUUAGUGCUUGCAUUUAGUUUCAUUUAUAAAAAAAAAAAAAAAAAUCUUAAGCUUACAGUGUUGCUUCUUUUACAUUGUAAGAUGUCUUAAUGUGUAGGUUACAGUUUAGAGAAGUCUAUGACAGAGCCAGAGGUGAGGAAACUUAAAAAAAAAAAAAAUCAAAAAUCUACUUGUCCAUCAUAACAAUCUAAUUGUCACACAAAAUAAUUUCAGAUUGGGGCCUUUGCUUAGAACCCUGGACAUCAACAGGGGUUUAGUGAAUGAGUGUCUCAUGCUCUGUCGCUCAUGCCCAGUGUGUGUGGUUGAUUAAUGUGUUAGCAUUGGCUUUAUUUGUAUGUACCUUAAUGCAUGGAAGGAGAAUGAGGUGAUAGAAAACAAGAGAAUAUGGUCUGCACCUCUAGCUGGUGCACCACAGAAAUUGGUAAUUCACAGUUCUGGGAUUCCCAGCCUGCACUCAACUCAUUAUUGAUCAUCGUACCACAAAGUACUGAUUUUUGUGGUCUGUACCCACCAGAAGUAUAGACCAAAUUCUCCCUGACUGACCCUUUCUUCCCCAAGAUCCCCUGCAGAGGCCCAAAGUAGGGCUAAAAGUCUAAAAAAAAUUUAAACAUUGUUUGCUUAGUGCCCAGAACUACAUGUCCAAGGUGUCAGUGCAGACCACACAAAAUUAAUUAGGAAUUGGACAUGCAGAGAGAAACUUUUUCCAAGUAACCUCACUAAAUGGGGCAGAGGGCUUUUUGGUUUAUAUUGGAGGGCAGAGAACUAAUUUCAUCCUCUCAAGGAUUGCGUACAGGAGAACAUACAAAUUCAUACUGACAGAUUCAUUCAUUGGGAGUUUACAUGCACAUUCAAUUUUAUUUUGUUUGCCUUGUUUUUGUUCAGGAUGUCUUUCUAGUUUCGGUUAAAUUGGUGCAUAUACAGUAUAAUUUAGCAAAAUGUUCUAUUAAUGUUUUAGGAGCAUCAUAAAAGAUCGAUCCCAAAGGAUACGUGGAACCUUCUGUUAGAUUUUGGAAAUAUGAUUGCAGAUGAUAUGUCCAAUUAUGAUGAAGAAGGUAAUAUAUACAUAUAAUUGAGAUAUGUUUCGCCAUAGGAGUACUGCAAAAUAUUUAAUGGGACUUUUCUGGGUAAAAAAAUGUCUAGCUUGAUUUAAUCAUCAAAUGCAUUUAUAGCACACAAAUUGCAUACAAAACAGUGUGUAUGGUUUGAGGACACCUUAAGAUAUCAUUCUGUUAAAUUACCGAAUUCAGAUAGUUUAUUCAGUCUUUGUGGAAACUGUGAGGGCACUAAGAAUUUUAAAGUGGGCAAUCGUUAAAGGGACACUAUAGUCACCAGAACAACCACAGCUUAUUGAAUUUGUUCUGGUGUGUAGAAUCAUUACCUUCAGGCUUUUUGCUGUAAACACUGUUUUUUUUUCAGAGAAAAUGCAGUGUUUACAUUACAGUCUAGUGAUAACUUCACUGGCCACUCCUCAGAUAGCUGUUAGAGAUCCUUCCUGGGUCAUGGCUGCCUAAAAUGCAUCCAAACAUUCAGUAUCUCCUCACUCUGCAUGCAGACACUGAACUUUCCUCAUAGAGAUUCAUUGAUUCAGUUAAUCUCUAUGAGGAGAUGCUGAUUGGCCAGGGCUGUGUUUGAAUCAUGCUGGCCCUGCCCCUGAUCUGCCUCCACGUCAGUCUCAGCCAAUCCUGUGGAGAAGCACUGUGAUUGGAUCAGACUACCACUUCUGAUGAUGUCAGCAGACUGCUUGUGGGUUUUUUUAGGCAAAUAGCAUGCAGAUCUACAGCUUCUGGCUUGAAUACAGUAAGAUGUUGCUAUAUUUAUGGAGUCAUGAGGUGCCCAGGGGGGCUAAAUGGUGUUCACACUAUAGGGUCAGGAAUACAUGUUUGUGUUCCUGACCCUAUAGUGAUCCUUUAACCAUUUUUGUUUACGCCAUAUCUUAAUAAACAUGAUAUCACAGUCUAAUUCAGUACAGCCAAAGUCAGACAUACAAUGCAAAUGGAGAAACAAAUGUUUCCGUUUUUUCUUUUCCGUGAAUCAUGUAAAUUGGUAAAAAAAAAAAAAAAAAAAGCCAGCCUUUAUCAAGAUUACAGGGAGUCAGUAUGGAGGUGCCCAGUAUCUGUAUAGGUCAGUGACGUUCUAUGUAUAAUCUUAUUUUUUAAGACCUCAUAAAAACAUAUAUGAUAAAUAUAUGAAAUAACAAAAAAAUAUUGUUAAAAAUUAUGGAAAUGGCAGCUCCCUUUUAAAUGUAAGAGAAUAUACAAUAUCUAUUGUCUCACAUUUUUUUUUUUUUUGACAGUCAAGUCUAAGUGCAAUAAUACAUUUUAAUACUGUGUGGAAAUUAUUGGAAUGAAGUUUCCAAAAAUAUAGUCUGAAUGUUUUGUGCGAUACAUGAUCCAUUACCACCUCCUUUCUGAUUGCUAGAGUGCUACAGUAUUCCUAUUUCAGUAUACUGUGGGGCUUGCAUUGCAGUUUUUUUUUUCUGUACAUUGUAAGAGAACUAAAUGCAACCCAAGUGGAGUAUUGUGUUUCUCUGCAUGGUGAAAAACUACAUUGCAGUGGAGAGGAAGUUAUGAAGGAAGGCUAUUAAAUAGUGUUAAAAAGAGUAUAGCUGCCACAGUUUUACAAAUUGUUAAUUAUAAGCAACUGUUCAUAAACAUCCAGAGAUAGAACACCUCGUUCUGCAAUACCCUUUACAAGAAACCCAGAUUGUUAUUGUGCUUGAUAUCCUUUCUAUAGUUACUCUUCUGUUUUGCAUUUUGUAACUAGAUGAUUUUAUGGCUAAGUGAUCUUGUGACACCUAGGUCAGUGCACCUGAGCUCAGUACUUGAGCACACAUUCAGUUUUUUUCUGAUAUACACAGGUGACAACAGGGCCAGACUGGGGAUUCCAAAGCAGCCCUGGAAAAAAAAUCUAUGCCAGCCCCAUAAGUCAUUGCGCCAUAUAUUGUCGCAUGUAAUAUGUAAGGCUAUGUCUUGCCACCAUAGAUGAUUGAGAUAUAUCUUUUUCCAAUAUAAAAUAUUGGUCCUUUCAGAGUAAAAUUUUUAAUUAUACAGUAAGCAUACUCAUAUGCAGGCACAGACAAUCUCACUGACAGAAGCUGAUUGAUACACAGCCUCAUAGACAAACAAUCUCACUGAUAUACAUAAGGUCAUUGACAUAAAAACACAAGCUCACUCAGUAGCAGGCACACACACACACACACACAAGCAAGCCCACUCACUAGCAGGCACGCUUACACACACAGCUUAAUGUAGUAGCUCUGGUGUCUAUAGCCUGUCCCUGCAAGCUUUUCAAUGUAAACACUGACUUUUUAGAGAAAAGGCAGUGUUUACAUUGCUUCCUAGUGACAGACACUCAGACGGUCACUAGAGGUGCUUCCUGUGUCAGUGAGGUUUGGCUGAGAUCCUCAAUCUUGAUCUCGGCCAUAAAGGCAGGGCCAGUCGAGGGGAGACAGCACGACGUGGGGGGUGGGGGGGGAAUGAGUAAAAACACACAUACACACACCAUGACACACCAUCCGUGACACGGACGGGCAGACAGACAUAAUUGCUACCUGUGUGCUGGCGGCCACAUGGGGAGUUCUGAUGGCAGCCGCAUGGGGGGAGCUGGCUCUUCUGGCACCUGCAGAGGGAGCUCUUUUGGCGGCCGCAGGGGGAGCUGGCUGUUCUGUCUCAGCUCCCCCGCCCCAGCGCGCAGCUUAAUAAGACCGGGGCCGGAAUAUGACGUCAUUUGUAGCGCGCUGGGGAGGGGAAGCAGAGACCGAACAGCCAGCUCCCUCUGCGGCCGCCAGAAAAGCCAGCUGCCUGCCUGGCCCCAGGUGCCGACGGCCCACCGGGAAAGUUCCCGGUAUCACAGUGGGCCAGUCCGGCCCUGGGUGACCAUACUAGUUGAUACUAGUAGGUUAGUAAGAAAGGACUGCUCAUUGUGUUUUGGAUACUUAUUUGGAACUCACUUUCACAAUUAAUUUGCUUUGUAUGUUCUCUUUCCAGUCUGUUAAAUUCUCCACAUUAACUUUUAGAAUAAAUGCCAAUAGUUUUAAUUAGUUUGCUGAUGUUUUGGUUUUCUUUGUUUUAUUCCUUAUGCUGGUCACCUAGAUUUGCACUGUAAUCUCUUGUCUCUAUAGUAUAAGGAAUACAAAGCUCCCUCUGCCCACACGCCCUAUUGCUUCAAUGCUUUCCUGUGAAGAUUUAACGGACGCUGGAUGUCCUCAUGCAAAGCAUGGGAACGUCCAGUGUCCGGUGACCAAAAGACUCUUGGCAGGAAGUACCUCUAGUGCAGGGGUGCCCACAAUGUUGAUCCCUAGAUGUUUUAAACAGCUUCCAUUAUGCUUUGACACUCCAAAGGCAUGCAAAGCAUCAUGGUAGUUGUAGUUCAACAUCUGGAGCUCUACCCUUUGGGUACUACAUGCAGCCUUAGUCCUGCAAUGUAAUCAAUGCAGUUUCUCAAAAACUGCAAUGAUCUAUAUUGCAGGACUGAGUGGGAAAGGGACACAGCACCCAGACCAGUUCAAUGAGCUGAAGUGGUCUGGGUGCCUUUAGUGUCCCUUUAAUAUUUCUCUUGAUUUAUAAUGUCUCUGUUUUUGUAUUUUUGAUAUUUAUUUUUAAAAUUUGUGAAUGUCUUUAUAAAUGUCAUAUAUAUAUAUAUAUAUAUAUAUAUAUAUAUAUAUAUAUAUAUAUAUAUAUAUAUAUAUAUAUAUGUGAUAAUUUUUAAUAAAUCCUUCUUUCUUUUUUCCCCUCCCCUUCUCUGUUGAUACAGGUGCAUGGCCUGUUCUUAUUGAUGACUUUGUGGAGUACGCAAGACCAUUAGUCACAGGUGGAAAACGUAUACCUCUUUAACCAUAGACAUUUUGAAUGGACUAGCAAUGCUUUUGCCAUUUCAUUAGAUAAUGAAGACUAUUUGGCCAAUAACUGAGAAGACCAUGUGACAUAGUCACCUGGACAUAAGGCGACAUAGUCAUUGUUGGAAACUUUGCCUCAAAACAUUCUGGUGGACAGCUCUUGGACAGUUCAAGGAGAUGCCUGAAACCGAGCACUGGCUGUUUUGUAGGACGCUGGCUUCAUAUCUUAUAUUGGUUGUAUCAUAUAGGAUGUAGAGAUUGCAUGAUUUUAUACUUUGGAGCAGAUUAAAUAGAGGCCAUUUUAUUAAAAAAAGUAUGUAUGUAUAUAUAUAUAUAUAUAUAUAUAUAUAUAUAUAUAUAUAUAUAUAUAUAUAUAUACACACACACACAAAAAAUAACUUAAAGAGCAUGCCAUUCGGUUUACGAGCCAGAAUAAACACCAGCAGUUACUGAACAGCUGUAUUAUAUUGUAUCUAUAUAAAAAGCAGUAUUUGUGGUAUAAAUUAAAUCUCUAAUGGAAACUUACAUAGCAUGUUGUUUUUGUUUGUUUUUAUAUACCAACUCUUUGAUAAUACUACAGAAACUCUGAGGCAGUGAAUAAUUGUGAAUGUAAAUUAAACACUUAGGCACGUGAAAGGCUGCUUUACUCUUCCUCACCAAUCUGUUAACACUCCAGGCACCAUAAGCACUCUAUCGCAACUAAGUGGUUUUGGUGCCUGUAGUCCCGUGAUACAAGGUGAAUUGGCUAAUGCCAAGGAGGGCUCUGUUCUUACUAGCGAGAGGA